AUGACGGCACAGUAUCCAAACAUCUCUCCCAAGUUACGUUCUGUCAUUGCCCCACACGUUCCAAAUGUUUCUCCAGAACGGGACCCUUCUACUCUUUCCAACUAUUCCCUUUUUAAAGUGAAUAAGUCUGUCCUGGACCUUGAGGUCAAGUUCACUGACAAGAUUCUGGCAGGAACUGCCACUUUCCUUGUCCAGGCCCUGGCAGACACUAACCAGCUUGUUUUGGAUACUGCCCACUUAUCAGUUAAAGAGGUCAAGAUAAAUAACCAGGAGCAACCAUUUCAACUUCAGGCUACUACUCCUCAUCUGGGUACUCCCUUGGUUAUUUCUUACGACUUUAAAACUGGAGAGUUUGCCGAAAUCACUGUCCAAUAUGAAACCACCAAAGAAGGCACUGCUUUACAGUGGUUGUCUCCAACACAAACAGACGGAAAGAAGCUACCAUACCUUUUCUCCCAGUGCGAACCUAUCCAUGCGCGUAGCUUCUUCCCAUGUUUCGAUACACCAUCUGUGAAAUCGCCAUUUGAGUUCAACAUCGUUUCCUCUCUUCCUGUCUUGAUGUCAGGAUUGCUGCAAGGAACUGUUCCUCAAGGCGAACAGUCUCUUUACAAGUUCAAACAACCAGUGCCUAUUCCAUCCUACUUGUGUUCCAUUGCUUCCGGAAACCUCAAGAGUGCUCCAAUUGGACCUCGUUCUAGAGCAUGGACAGAGCCACAGUUUUUGGACGCUUGUCAGCACGAAUUCGAAAACGAUACCGAGAGUUUCAUCAAAACUGCCGAGGACCUCGUGUUUGACUAUGAAUGGAAGGACUACGACGUGCUCAUUUUGCCCCAGUCCAUGCCUUUUGGCGGAAUGGAGCAUCCAAACUGCACUUUUGUCACCCCAACCAUCAUCUCUGGCGACAGAGAGAACGUGGACGUCAUUGCCCACGAGUUGGCCCACAGCUGGUCCGGAAACCUGGUCACGAACGCUUCGUUCGAACACUUCUGGCUGAAUGAAGGUUGGACAGUGUACCUGGAACGUAGAAUCAUCGAACGGUUGCACGGAGAGCAGCAUAGACAAUUCAGUGCAAUCAUCGGAUGGUCUGAGCUGCAAAACGCCAUACAGACGAUGGGCAAGAGAGAGUCUAAAUACACUGCAUUGGUCGUGAACUUGAAGGAUGGUGCCGAUCCUGACGACUCGUUUAGCACUGUGCCUUACGAAAAAGGAUUCAAUUUCCUUUACCAUAUCGAACAGGUUCUUGGAGGAAAAGAAGCCUUCGACCCAUUCAUCAAGCAUUACUUCAGCAAAUUCAAGUACUUGUCGCUAGACACUUACCAGUUCUUGGAUACGUUGUAUGGAUUCUAUGCUGAUCAAAAAGAUCUCCUGGAUACCAUCGACUGGCAGAAAUGGCUCUUUACCGAAGGGCUUCCUCCAAAACCCAAAUUCGACACCACCUUGGCCGACGAAUGCUUCUCCCUGGCCGCCAAGUGGGUGGAAACCAUUGUUCAAAGUCCAUCAUCAUUGGACUCCAAGUUCUCCUCGUCGGACAUCAAGAACUUCACCUCCACUCAAAACGGAGUCUUUUUAGACAAGCUUGUCUCGUACCAAGGUGUGGAUGGGUUUGAUUGGAGUUCUGACUCCGCACAGAAGGGAAUCUCCGUCAUGACUACCAAAUAUACAAAAUACGAAAACUCCAGCAAUGCUGAGGUUGUGUUUAGAUGGUUCAGAUUGUUGCUUACUGGUAAGGUGAAAUCUGAGUACCACAAGUUGGCAGAUUGGCUUGGAACUGUGGGAAGAAUGAAGUUUGUCAGACCAGGCUACGCUCUUCUCAAUGAAGCCGACAGAGAUCUGGCAAUUGCUACUUUUAGAAAGUACGAGCAGGGCUACCAUCCAAUCUGCCGCGCCAUGGUUGCUAAAGAUCUCAAGCUUCAAUAA